UGAGGAGUGAAACUCCUACGCGUUGUAGCAAUCAUAAUCACUCUUUAUAUUUUAUCUGUUGUUCAAUGCCGGAUUUCUUCACUCUCGAUGAUUCACAGAUUGCUAGCAUGACAGCUACUCGGUAAAAUAAGCCUUGAUGGUUGACGAGUAGGUAAUCUCGAAAGGUCCGCUGUGACCAUGUGAAGAAUGCGUAAAUGGCGCAAAUAAAUGCCGCAGAGAGGGAAAGGGGGAACAGGGGUUAUAGUGACUAGAUAUAACACUUCUCAGGAAAAAUGCUGGAAUGGCGUCAUUUAUUGUUCGUUGACUACAGCUAUGCAGUGGAAAAAUGAGGAGGGGUGGUGCUCGAAAAGAGGUCUGUUUGAGUUUGUUGGUGUGGGGAUUGAUUUGCUUCUGGAUGGGCUUUUCGGUGCAAUCUCUCAACUGCAGUGGAAGGGUGUGCACUGUCUGUACCUGCACUAUGAUAUCAUGUGUAGCGUCUAAAUAACAGCAAGGGGGCCGCGGGAAUAUGAAGCUGUAGAGAAUAGCAUACUUCAUAGACAGAGCUAUAUAUGUCAUGUUGAGCAAAUAUCGGAAAGUUGACCCGUUUUUCGGACGCAGUGUAUUCAAGAUCUACUCAUAGAUAUGCGAUAUAUGAUAUGCAAGAUAUAUACUACAUACAAACUACUCCUCCACCAGCAACCUCGGCCGCCAACUUAGCGGGGUAACCCGAAUAACCAUCUGCGGCCGCCCAUUCCACACAACCCGCAGCCCAGCAUCUCGCAGCACCUGCACAACCGUCUUCCCCACCUCCGCCGUCUCCGCAUCGACAUCACUCAGCGCCCCAUACCGCACACACAACCCGCCCCCGUCCACCGCCCUCUCCGCAUCCUGCAUGUGGAAAUACGCCCACCCCGAAUCCCCCACCCGCGCCUCCCGGUGUAUCUGCGCAUCGCCAGACUGCGCCGUGUAGCAGAAAUUCAUCCGCGUCACGAUCCCCUUGUUCGCGGCCAGGAUCUCAAAGGCACGCUUGACGCGCUGGAACCCGGCGUCCGCGUCCGCGGGCCAUGUCGCCUGCUGCUCCAGCCGCGCCUGCCAGAGCUCGUCGAUUAUCCGGCGCGAUUCGGCGAUGAUGCGGGGGUCAUUGCUGUCGUAGCGCUCAUGGUGGAAGAGGUAGGUGAUCUGGUCGAGGAGCUCGGCUUUGGUGUAUGCUGCGGUGCUGAUGAUUCCCGCCGCGCCUGCUUUUACGUUGUCGAUUGCGUCCUCGUCUAUAGGGGUAGGCUCUGUGGUGGUUGGAGGGCUAGAUGUUGCGUGCUGAUUUUUUUAAAAAAAAGAAGCGGGCGCAAUUCUCCUGAGGUCAGUGCUGUUACAUAUAUGCUCUCUGGUGAGUCCUGAUUACGAGGACUUUAUGUAAAAUAGGGGUUUCAUACCGGCAUUGUGUGGGGAGGUGGACGAUGAAAAGCUCUGGCGGAUGAAAAAUCUGCGAGGAUGAGAGCACUCGCAUUCAACCCUCGGGUUAUUUAGUUAUCUCCAGGUACACUGUGUGAGUUCAUAACAAUCAUCUCGAAGCUAGCGUGUCCAACUCGUAUCUCAGAUUUGACCAAUAAAUACCUAAACAGCACGGUAAGACAGAAAGAUGUGAAAUUUUAGUCUCUGCCUUAAUGUGAAUCAUUUCCUCCGUUGCUGGUUUAUUAUUUGAUGAAGUUUAUCUGACGAGUGGUUAGAUGUUAACUGAAUUCUUCUUUGCGCAAGUACAUCUUUGGAGCAUGGAUUGGCGUAGCAUUUUCUAAGCUGUCAAUCCUUCUGGCCUGGUAGUGGAGUUUUUUGUAUUCAAUGACGGUUGUUUAAGCUCGUUGCACACCGCCAGAGUAAAUAUCCGCUGCAUCUUCCCCAAAACUGGUUGAGUCGAACGCUGCUUAGGCUCCCUCCCUGCCUUUCCUGACCGCUUGGUCUUGUAGAAGCCGGGCAUAUUCAAACAUCGCGAUGCCGAACCUCGCUUAUUGCAUUGAUCACUAGUUUAUCCUGGAGUACAUGCACAUGUCUAAUUUCAGAGACCUUCAGAAGAUAAACAAUAGACGAUACGUGUUCUAGCUGCCUCUAUAUACGUCGCGUCGAAGUCUUGGAACCGUCCGUGUAUAUUACAUAUCACGUGACACUAUAUUCGAGAGCAUUCCAAGGUUCCCUCCUUUUUCGGCCCGACUAAAUUGAUGAAGCUUGCUCAGGGUAUUUUUCAAUAUAUAAGCAUUUUUAUGAUAUAACUUAUAACUUUUGGGGAAACGAGAAACAGUCAAUCGUCUCACGGUCAAGGAAAAUCUCAGAGAGUGUUUGGAGCGGGAAAAUUGAAUUGGAUCAGCUUUGCCUCACAACGGGUUGACUGCCAUAUGUACAACGUCUAAAUGGAAACACACAGCCGAUAGUUUUCUAUCUAUCUUGUUUCAAAUCAAGAUCUGGCUUUGGUGCAUGCAUCGAUGUUUUCGAUAAACGAUAAACUGCAUCUGCAAUAACCCACCUGGAAGCAAAAAGUACUUUCUCAUACGGUCGCUGGACCUUUGAAAUCCUAGAUUGAUAUCGGGGAAAAUGAGUUCAGCGGAUAUGAGAAAUCAGGAAGCGGAUGGGAUUCGAGAGAAGCCAGGUGUUGCCAGGUCAAGGGGGAAGAAAAAGGACUACAAAGGGUUUGUGGCGGGUGUGUUUUCUGGCAUUGCCAAGUUGAGUGAUUCGAUACCAUCAAGGUUCGUCUUCAAACGACAAAAUCUGCACAAUUUAGCGGUCCUUUAGAUUGCUUGCUUAAGACUGUACGGAAUGAAGGACCAAGGGCCUUGUAUAAAGGUGCAUCACCACCUUUGAUGGGAUGGAUGGUCAUGGACUCUGUUAUGCUCGGGUCAUUAACCCUCUAUCGUCGUCUUUUGUUUGAACAUGUUUUUGCAAACAAACAAUUACGACGAAUAAUACCUUUUGCUUCAAAGAAAGUCCCAGAUCGACUGUCCAGCUUUGGGCACGGCAUCGCUGGUGUUUUGGCUGGCUCAACUGUUAGCUUUAUAGCAGCACCUGUUGAGCAUGUGAAAGCACGAUUACAGAUCCAGUAUGCAGCCGAUAAGAAGCAACGGUUGUAUAGAGGCCCGAUCGACUGCACGAAGAAGAUUCUUCGUACACACGGAAUCCAAGGGCUUUAUCGCGGGUUUUGCGCCACUCUGCUCUUCCGCUCAUUUUUCUUCUUCUGGUGGAGCACUUACGACAUUUUCUCGCGACUCAUGAAGCAGCAUACUCAACUAUCCACACCAGCAGUCAACUUUUGGGCGGGUGGCUUGUCCGCGCAAGUGUUUUGGCUCACAUCCUACCCGUCCGAUGUUGUGAAGCAACGGAUUAUGACGGAUCCGUUGGGUGGCAAGCUGGGUGAUGGCGAAAGGAGAUUUCCGCGGUGGAAGGAUGCAGCGGUAGCUGUCGCGAAAGAGAGCGGUUGGAGAGGAUACUGGCGGGGAUUCCUGCCGUGCUUUUUGAGAGCAUUCCCCGCGAAUGCAAUGGCGCUGGUGGCUUUUGAGGGAGUUAUGAGGUACUUGGGAUAGAUGGGGAUACGAAAAAGCAUCGAAUCCAUUUCUGGCGGAGCAUUUUGAUCAUUUUUGCAUUUGGGUUAUAGAUUCUAUGCAUGGGGCGGAUACUAGGACAUCGCAAUCUGUAAUUCUAUAUAGCAAAUAUUAGACGGCGGAGAGUAAUUCGUGACAUGUACAUUACAUUACAAUAAAAUACAAUAAAGCAGUUUCCACAAAUAUACGGAUUUCCUUCAGAUCAGUC